UCACUCGAAAACUUUCACAUAAAUGCUUAGUGUGUCUUGUGACAUUUCAUUAUUCCCGCUAAUAGAAAGUGAUUAUUGUUUUUAUGUGAUUAAUUCUUCAAAAUGAAGCAGUGAUGACAAACAAGUAAUUUAAUAAGCAAGUGCAUGCCAUGACCAAUAAUCAUGGCGACCACUGCAAUGGUAGUAUCACCUCUCGCAACACAGUCCUCCCCCAAGAACAAGAGGAGGCUGUUUGCUGAAGCAAGACAGAACAGCCUACAGAAGUUGAGCGUUAUCUUCGACCAUGGAAACAAAAACGGCAAUGGUGGGGAGACAACGUGGUGUUUUAGUCAGGUGAAGGGCACGUUGGAGGACGACGUGACCGAGGCCGACCUCAUCUCCUGUGUGGAGUUCAACCACGACGGCGAGCUGCUCGCCACUGGCGACAAGGGAGGCAGAGUUGUUAUAUUUCAGAGAGACCCAGCGUCAAAGCAAUGUGUACCGAAGAAAGGAGAAUACAAUGUUUACUCAACGUUCCAAUCACACGAGCCGGAGUUCGACUACCUCAAGUCAUUGGAGAUAGAGGAAAAAAUCAACAAGAUACGGUGGCUCAAGCGGAAGAAUCAAGCACACUUUCUGCUCUCCACCAAUGACAAGACGAUCAAGCUAUGGAAGGUUUCGGAGCGCGACAAGCGCGUGACAGGGUACAACACGCGCGAGGAGGGCGGGCGGCUGCGGCACCCCUCGCGCGUCACGCAGCUCAGGGUGCCCACAGUGCGGCCUGCGGAACUCAUGGUCGAAGCAUCGCCCAGACGUAUCUUCGCGAACGCGCACACAUAUCACAUCAAUUCGAUAUCGUUGAACUCUGAUCAGGAGACGUAUCUGUCUGCGGACGAUCUGCGUAUCAACUUGUGGCACCUCGAGAUCACCGACCAGAGCUUUAAUAUCGUCGACAUUAAGCCCGCUAACAUGGAGGAACUCACUGAGGUUAUAACCGCGGCGGAGUUCCACCCGACUGAAUGCAAUCUCUUUGUAUAUUCUAGUAGUAAGGGUACAAUAAGGCUAUGCGACAUGCGCGCGGCGGCGCUGUGCGACCGCCACGCGAAGCUGUUCGAGGAGCCGGAGGACCCGCACGCGCGCUCCUUCUUCUCCGAGAUCAUCUCCUCCAUCAGCGACGUCAAGCUCAGCAACUCGGGCAGAUAUAUGAUGUCUAGGGAUUAUUUAGGUUUAAAAGUAUGGGAUCUUAGAAUGGAAACAAAACCUGUAGAAACAUAUCCAGUACACGAGUAUUUGCGGUCGAAGUUAUGUUCGCUGUACGAGAACGACUGUAUAUUCGACAAGUUCGAGUGCUGCUGGAGCGGCGAUGACCAACGCCUGAUGACGGGCUCCUACAAUGGAUUCUUUAGGAUAUUCGAGCGAGGCGGUGCGGGCGGCGCGGGCGCGGGUGCGGGUGCGGGGGGCGCGGCGCGGCGCGGCGAGCUGACGCUGGAGGCGUCACGUGACGCGGCCGCGCGCCCCCGCCAACCGCUGCGGGCGCGCCGCGUCGCCGCCACAGCUAAGAGGAAGAAGGACGAGAUAAGCGUGGACUGCCUGGACUUCAACAAGAAGAUCCUGCACACGGCGUGGCAUCCGCACGAGAGUGUCAUCGCCGUGGCUGCCACCAACAACCUCUUUAUAUUCCAGGACAAGUUCUAGCGCACCGCCCACGCUUAUAGGUAACAUUAGUGAAGAAUCAUGGAUAUAACGUGGCUGUGCGCGAGCCGAGGUUGUAUACGUAAGGGGGGGGAGGGGGGCCUUACACUGUAUGUAGUGUUUGUGUUACUACUAUUUAUUAUGUGUACCUUUUUGUGCUCGCGAACCUUUUUGUGGUU